AUGGCAAAGAAUGAAGCCGCCAAACACCAUCCUUUCAAGGGAACUCUGCACCUUCUGUUUUUUCUGGGCUGUCUGGGGUCCACGCUGUGCGCCGAUAUAGGCUCUCUACGGUGCAUCUUGACUGUCAAAUCUGCUAUCAAACCUGGACAGCCUUGGUAUGAAGGACCAUGCUCAGUGGACGGAAAGACUCUCUUUCAGGCCACAUCUUUGGGUAAACUGACAAAGGAGGAAAAUGGCACUCGGGCAUGCCUAAAUUUGCCUCCAAGCCUGAAAAAUACUUUAGAACUGAUGAGGAACCAGCUGCGUAACAUGGAGUCAGAGCAAAUCAAGACCAUGGGUAAUAACAGCCUCCAGGUCACCAUGCAAUCUCAGUAUAAUCAAGGACAACUCACUGAUGCCUUCUGCAACAUCAACAUUAAUGGACGGUUUUCCUUCUGGUUUAAUCCAACUAAAGAUACCUGUAGAUGGAAUGGUCAAUGGGAGAGAAACGAGGAACUAAACAGGAGUCUACGGAUGCUGCUUGUGGGAGAUUUCGGCCACUGCUACGAGGAAUUGUUGACACUCUCUGGAGAAACACCAAUUUCCCUGUGCUUCUCAUUCCCUAUUAACCAGUGGUCCAGGCCCUACAUGGCCUGCCAGUGA